UGAGGAGCUUGACAAAACGAUGGGUGCCGAGGAAGAACACACGGACAUGGCAUACGCUUUGAGCGUCAAGGAACCAUCCGAGGAAAGUUUCAUGGAUCAAUUGUUUGACUUUGCCAAUGAAACAAAAAACGACGGAGCAAUCAACUCGCGGAGAAGUUUAUGUCCACGUUGCAGGCGUCCCCUGAGAGUUUGUUGGUGUCCCUACCUGCCACACGAACGACUGGAGAUAAAGACAAGCGUUUAUAUUCUCCAACAUCCAUUUGAGGAGUCCAGAUGUCUAAAAACGGCCCCCAUGCUCUGUAAUGGCUUGAAGGAAGGUACUUGUCAUGUUUACAAGGGAAAGAGAUUUCCUAAACAUAAGUUCCCUGAGUUGAUGAGAGUCCUGCAGGCUCCCAACACGCUGGUACUUUAUCCCGGCCCUGAUGCUAUUGACAUCUCCGAUGUUCCCACUGACGUCGCCUACAACCUGGUUCUGCUGGAUGGAACGUGGGCCCAGGCAAAGGGUCUUUACUGCCAGAACCACGUCAUUCAGCUGCCAAAGAAGGUACAAAUCAACCACCAGGAGAAGAGUAAGUACGUGAUCCGAACUCAGCCGACCGAUGGCGCCCUGUCCACGCUGGAGUCUGGAGCUGUCGCCAUCUCAGUCCUGGAAAACAGACCCGAAAUAGUAGAGCCGCUGACACGCCCCCUUGUGGCGCUGUGUGACUUCCAGAUCCAGCAUGGUGCCGUGCAGCACCAGAGCAGGGAGUUCAAGAUCGAGAAUGGUCUGUGGAGUAAGGAACUGCCAAAAUCGGUAAAGAAACGGUUAGAAAAAAGAAAACAAGAGAAGGAGACCUACUCAUAACACAGAGAGUCCGAUCAGUGGGACGGAAGAAACCAAAUAUGGACUACGUAGACACAGGCAGUCCGAGGUGCUGCAUGUGAAGAUGGAAGAUGGAAAGUUGUGUGGAAUCCUUGGUUUCAAUUUUGGACAUUUUCAGUUCAAAGGUCAUCACAAACAAUAUGUGUAUGGACCAUCCUAUCCGUGAAGAUCUGGGUUGGAAUAGGUCUUCAGCAACCCAUGCUUGUCGUAAGAGGCGACUAACGGGAUCGGGUGGUCAGGCUCUCUGACUUGGUGGAUGCAUGUCAUCGUAUCCAAAUUGCGUGAAUCGAUGUGCAUGAUGUCAGUCACUGGAUUGUCUGGUCCAGACUCGAUUAUUUACAGACCACCGUCAUAUAGAUGGAAUAUUGCUGAGUGCGGUGUUAAACAACAAAUAAAUGUUGGUAAGGAGUUUGUGUUGAGAUGAAUGUACCUGGCAGAGAACCAAUGAGGAAGAGUGAAACAACUGCCACGGGACUAACAUAGGACUUUUCAAGCUGUAUGCGGCCUGGACAAGAUUCACAACACUUGGCUUGGUUCUACAAGGUGUUUUGAUAUUUAGGAGUGGGUUGGAGAAUAAGGCAAAGUGUGGAUUUUGAAUUAUUCUGUGGCCAAAUUUACAGGUGCUUUUACAAUCCUUUAUAUGAGCUUCAAACAAGAACGGUGUUGUGAUGAAAAUCUAAGCUGUGACUUACUUUAUCAUGUGUCGAUGAAAACAAUAUUGAACAAAGUAAUGACCUGGUAACAAAUUGCAGGAACAGUUAUUGUACAGUACUGUUUUUAUAAGUUUAUUUUUCAAUUUCUACUGAUAAAUGUUUCCUGUAAAUCCUAUAUGAAAAAAACAACUAAUAGUAUUAUCCAGAUUCUAGAUUUGUCAAAUAUAUUGUCUGACAUCCUGGAUAGUAAAUACUAUCAUUAUUGGUUUCAGGCAAUGUGUGGGACUGGUUUCAUCUGAACAGUAGUCAUUGUGCUUGUGCAGGGUUGUGAGUGUAUGUGCAGGGUUGUGAGUGUAUGUGCAGGGUCGUGAGUGUAUGUGCAGGGUUGUGAGUGUAUGUGCAGGGUUGUGAGAGAAUGUGCAGGGUUGUGAGUGUAUGUGCAGGGUUGUGAGUGUAUGUGCAGGGUCGUGGGUGUAUGUGCAGGGUCGUGGGUGUAUGUGCAGAUGUGAGAGAAUGUGCAGGGUUGUGAGUGUAUGUGCAGGGUCGUGAGUGUAUGUGCAGGGUCGUGGGUGUAUGUGCAAGGUUGUGAGUAUGUGCAGGGUUGUGGGUGUAUGUGCAGGGUUGUGAGUGUAUGUGCAGGGUCGUGGGUGUAUGUGCAAGGUUGUGAGUGUAUGUGCAGGGUUGUGAGUGUAUGUGCAGGGUUGUGGAUUUAUGUGCAGGGUUGUGAGAGAAUGUGCAGGGUUGUGAGUGUAUGUGCAAGGUUGUGAGUGUAUGUGCAGGGUUGUGAGUGUAUGUGCAGGGUUGUGAGUGUAUGUGCAGGGUCGUGGGUGUAUGUGCAAGGUUGUGAGUGUAUGUGCAGGGUUGUGGAUUUAUGUGCAGGGUUGUGAGAGAAUGUGCAGGGUUGUGAGUAUGUGCAGGGUUGUGGGUGUAUGUGCAGGGUUGUGAGUGUAUGUGCAGGGUUGUGAGUGUAUGUGCAAGGUUGUGAGUGUAUGUGCAGGGUUGUGAGUGUAUGUGCAGGGUUGUGAAUUUAUGUGCAAACUUGUGAGUGUAUGUGGGGAAUCAGUUCUUAGUUGACGAGGUAAAGAUGUCACAAAACAACAAAA